CAGGGACUGUAAAAAAGCCCCACGGCUGCUGAACCUUUGGAGUUUGAUAUGAUGAUUAGGGAAUAACCGGAGUGACACGUCGCAAACUCUCCAUAAUCAAGGAGACCUUUUUCCUGGGUGGUGAUCUCCAAAAUUGCUCAGUGAGCACUCCUAAUUAACCUGAUUUUUUGCUGAUAAUCAUUCACAAUGGAAUCAAAUCACAAAUCCGGGGAUGGAUUGACCGGCACACAGAAAGAAGCCGCUCUCCGUGCAUUAAUUCAGCGAACGGGAUAUAAUUUGAUCCAGGAAAAUGGGCAGAGGAAAUACGGAGGCCCACCUCCUGGCUGGGAUGGCCCUCCACCAGAGAGGGGGUGUGAGAUCUUUAUUGGGAAACUGCCCCGAGACCUCUUUGAGGAUGAACUUAUACCACUAUGUGAAAAAAUUGGCAAAAUCUAUGAAAUGAGAAUGAUGAUGGACUUUAAUGGCAACAACAGGGGCUAUGCCUUUGUGACCUUCUCAAAUAAACAGGAGGCAAAGAAUGCAAUAAAGCAACUCAAUAAUUAUGAAAUUAGGAACGGGCGUCUCCUUGGAGUCUGUGCCAGCGUGGACAACUGCCGCCUGUUUGUGGGAGGGAUCCCCAAAACCAAGAAGAGGGAGGAAAUUUUAGCAGAGAUGAAGAAAGUCACAGACGGAGUCGUGGACGUGAUUGUCUACCCUAGUGCGGCUGAUAAAACCAAAAAUCGGGGCUUUGCUUUUGUGGAAUAUGAAAGCCAUCGAGCAGCAGCCAUGGCCAGGAGAAAACUGCUGCCAGGAAGGAUCCAGUUGUGGGGACACCCUAUUGCAGUUGACUGGGCAGAACCUGAAGUGGAGGUGGAUGAGGACACCAUGUCAUCUGUAAAAAUUCUAUAUGUGAGGAAUCUCAUGCUCUCAACCACUGAAGAGACCAUAGAAAAGGAGUUCAACAACAUCAAACCAGGUGCAGUAGAGAGAGUAAAGAAAAUUAGAGACUACGCCUUUGUGCACUUUAACAAAAGAGAAUAUGCAGUGGAAGCUAUGAAAGCCUUGAAUGGGAAGGUGGUGGAUGGGUCCCCAAUUGAGGUGACGUUAGCCAAACCUGUUGACAAAGACAGCUAUAUCAGAUACACCAGGGGCACAGGCGGCAGAGGCACCAUGCUACAAGGAGAAUACACCUACGCCUUCGGACACGUGUACGACCCCGCCACCGCCUACCUGGGUGCCCCAGUUUUCUACGCACCCCAAGCCUAUGCAGCUAUCCCCAACCUUCACUUCCCCACCACCAAGGGGCUCAGCAACAGGAGCAUCAUCCGGCCCCCAUCCAUUCGAGAAAUUUACAUGAAUGUACCUGUAGGGGCUGCGGGAGUUAGAGGACUGGGAGGUCGAGGCUACCUGGCGUACACGGGCCUGGGCCGCGGAUACCAGCUCAAAGGAGAAAAGAGGGGAGAGGAUAAGCUCUACGACCUUUUGCCAGGAAUGGAGCUCACACCAAUGAACCAUGUCACGCUAAAGCCCCAAGGGAUCAAACUCGCUCCUCAGAUCUUGGAAGAAAUCUGCCAGAAAAACAACUGGGGACAGCCUGUUUACCAGCUCCACUCUGCAAUUGGCCAAGACCAAAGACAACUCUUCCUAUACAAAAUCACCAUCCCAGCACUCGCCAGCCAAAACCCCACCAUACAUCCCUUCACACCGCCCAAGCUCAGUGCCUAUGUUGAUGAAGCCAAAACCUACGCAGCAGAAUACACCCUUCAGACACUGGGGAUUCCCAUGGAGGGAGCAGAAGUGCCUUCUGUAGCACCACCUUUUCCAGGAUAUACCAUUGCUAAUGCAGCUGCGACCGUCACAGCCACUCAGCUCAAGCAAGCAGUGACUAUGGGACAAGAUUUAGCAACAUACGCAGCCUACGAAGCCUACCCCGCUUUCGCAGUUGCUGCGCGCAGUGAUGGCUAUGGAGCAUUUUAAUCCUGUCUUUAAUCAAAUUCCCUUAAAUUAAGCACAGGCAGAAAACAAAUCUCAGUCUGGUAAUUCUUAAACCCUCAUGAUUUUAAACUAAUCUGUUGCCUAAAGUUAGUCAGAAUGUCUUUUCUGUAGUUCUUUAGUUUUAGGAUACUAGGGGGAAAAGAAGAAAAGAAAAAAAAAAGGAGAAAAAUCACUCAAAAUCAGAUUUUCAUGUUAUAAAGCAGAAUAUCAGCCCAGAAAAUGCAUGGUUCUCAGAUGUGUGCAUAUACAUACAUAUAUAUAUGCAUAUAUACAUAGAGUCCAUUGUGUAUGUGUUUACAAGCAACAACCUGUGCUGAAAACAGUCCCACGGACGUUGUGUCCUGAGACAGGGGAAGGAUGGUGUGUCUCCAGGAAGCCCCUCUGAGCAUCAGGAGUUCUCCAUUCACCCCAAAAUUUCUCAAGCCAGGCAGAGGAAUGAGUAAAAGCAAAGAUUGCCCUUUGGCCAUUUGGAGGUUUCCAGUUUGCCUCUUAGUGCCUCUGAGCAUCCUGUGCCACCAGUGCUACAGGGAUGCGUUCAGACAUCUCAAGCACCUUUUAAACUCAUUUUGGCAUAGCCAAGGAAAAAAGACUAUCAUAAAUGUGUCUGCCCACCUCUAACAGGCUAGUCUGCAUGCUCUUGAAUUCUAAUUAGAUUUUUAAAUCAGGAGGAAAGCAUUCAGCAGAGCUUUCCCUCUUACUUUGCUACUUCCCAGCCAUACCCACAAGUCACAAAACAGCAAGUAACAGUGUAUUUUUCCCAGCUCCUAUCAAAUGGCACUUUCAGUGAAAGACAGGAAAACUUUUAGGACUAUUAAGGUUGAGGACCAGAAAAAUACUUAUCACUGGGGCCAGUUCUCUACUUAAUUAGAGCACAAGAGGCCACAGCCAAGUAGUAAAAGGCACCUCCACAAGAAUUAAAUUAUAUACAGGGAACCUUUUUGACAGGAUAGAAAGAGGCUUGCCUGGCUGUAAGUGAUGCUUUACACAUUAAAGCAAGGCUUCUGGUUGCUGCAAUUCUUGCAAAACUUAGUUUAGUGGAAAAGGGUUCAUGUCAAGUAAAGGUACCUCUUAUUUUGGAGAACACCAGUAAGCAUCCUUUAGGUUACAGCAGGAAGGCAUUAUCUGUUCUUUUUUGCCAUCAGAUUGAGGCAGGAGUAAUAAUGCUCUAUAGAUAUAGGGGAAACCCAGUGUUAGAAAAAUACUGCAGACAGCUGAAUCCUGUCUAAUAUAUCCUAUAAAGUAAUGCACACUAAGAAAACUUUAAUCUACUCAGU